AUGGGUGGCAAGGUCUCUAAGCAAAGUAAAAAAGACGAUGUGGUUUUGCUUUGUCUGGAGAGAAAGCGGCAGCUGAAUUUGGCUGUGGAGAGAAGGCAUGCGUUUGCAGAGGCGCAGUGCAAUUAUAACCUGUCGCUGUGUGCAGUGGCAGAUGCUAUAAGUUCGUUUGUAAAAAGCCAUUCCUCUCCAUCUGAUUCUGAUUCUGAACCAACCAAAAACACCAAUGCUUACCCUUCUUCUGAUUCUGGAAUUUCUAGAAGCUCUUCUUCAGAGAUAGACAGAGAAAAAAAGCUACAAGAAAGCUCAGAUGAUAGAGAAGAAGUUGAAGAGAAUAGGGAUCAUAAUGCUGGGACUGAUGGGGAAGAAUUGGGGUUGGUUUUGCUGAAUGAUGAGGCCGUGAGAGAAGGGAGGGAAUUGUUGGAAGCAUUGAAAGAGGUUGAGGUCCAAUUCCUUAGGGCCUAUAAUUCCAGUUUGGAUGUUUCCAGGAUUCUAGGCACCAACAUGGGUCAAAAGCAAUCUGCCUCGGAGGAAACUGAAGAGAACUCAAGUAAACUCAAAAAAAGCCGCUCCAUCUCAUCUAUAUUAUCUUCGUCUUCCUCCCGAAAAAGCCUCCUUAGAUCUAGCACCAGAAGUUCUUCAACAAUCACCCCUUUGAAUGGUGGUCUCUUUGAUGACAAUGGAGCAAUGGGAUCCAAGCGCCAUUCGUUAACACUACAGACGCUAUCUGUUUCGGAGGAAAAACUCUAUGAGGCCGUGAAGGCUGGACAGGAAACCAGGAGAUUAUAUGAUCGAAAAUGCUCCCAAUAUUCGAGAAACCAAGGACGUGGCCAGAAGACUGAACGCAAAAUUGGAGUUAAAGUAGAGAAAUUGCAGUCCAGAAUUAGGGUUGACAAAACAACUGCGGAAUCAACAUUUGAAGCAAUUCGAAAACUGAGAGAUGAGGAGCUGGAACCACAACUUAUUGAGUUGUUACAAGGGCUGAUGAAAAAUUGGAAGAUCAUGUCAGAAACUCAUGAAACCCAACACAGAAUCAUGUCCGAAGUGAAGUAUGUAAACUGUUCAUCCUAUGAAAAGUUGUGUAAUGACUCACGCCAACUUGCAGAUACUCGUAAGUUUGAAGCAGAACUUCAAAAUUGGCGUGCGUGCUUUGCUUCAUAUGUUUCUUCACAAAAAGAAUACAUUGAAGCACUUGAUGGUUGGCUACAUAAGCCUGUUGCUCCUGAAAGUGAAGUCGACUCCGAUAUGUGGUCCUCCCUACGGUCGUGUAGAGUUGGCAUGCUGCCAUGCCGUGAAAUUUGUGAUAAUUGGUUAGCUUCCAUAAAUAAGCUGCCACAUGAAGCAGUGCCUAGUGCCAUAGAGAACUUUGGCAAGGAUGUCCAAGCAUUGAUGGUUCGACAAGCCAAGGAUCAUCAGCAAAUGAAGGAGUUAGAUGGGCUUGCUAAACAACUUCAUGGGCAGGCUAUGGUACUUGAUUUGAAGGGAUGGAUUAUGGAAAAGAAUGGGGAUGUGCGCUUGGAAAAUAUGGGGAACACGGUGCUUGAGUUUAAGACAAAGCUAAACGACGAGAAGAAGAAACUUCAUAAAAGCAUGAAGGAGACACAAAAUAUUACUGUGAAUGGAUUCCAGACGGGGUUUUCGUCCGUGUUUAAAUCCUUAACCGACUUUUCAAAGAGUGUUGUGGGAAUGUAUGAUGGCCUUACAAGAUUCAACGAGAAUGGAGUGGUGGUAGAUGACGAAAGUAGCCACCUACCAAGCAUUCAUGAUGAAGCCGAUGACCAAAGUAGCCGAGCACCAAGCAUUCGCGUUGAAGCCGAUGACCAAAGUAGCCGAGCACCAAGAGUUGAUGUUGAAGCCGAUGAGAUAAAACAAAUACCUAAAGCACGGAAAAAAAUGCAUAGAGGACAGAAAAAAUAA